AUGUUAGAAAAAAAGUUUGCUGACAUUGACAAGAAAUUUGAGAAUGUUUUAAACAAGAACAAGAGGAAGUUAGAAAAUGCUCAGAUAAAGCCUAUACAUGACAAGUUCUUAUUUGCUCAGAAUGGUAUAACAGGUCUAAUUGCACCACCUGGGUCGGGUAAGACUUUCACUUAUCUUAAAAUGGCUGCACAACAACAAGAACUAGAUGAGAAGAACCCAUUCUAUGAGUUAGUUGUUAUUUGUUCGACUUCUGGUCAAUUUGACCAAACCGUCAAUUCGUUCAAAGAUAUUAUAAAGAAGUCUAAGUUAGUAUGUAUAAAGGAUACUGAGUUGUUAGAUUGGAUAAAGAAGUACCAAAGAAGAGUUUUGAAGUAUAAUGCUAUAAAUGAGUAUAUAAAUUCUAAGUUUAAAGACCCAAAUGAGGAAAUGCAGAGAAUAUUAGAGAAGAAACACUUCAGAAACAAACAGAAAGAGAUAGAAUACAUUUCGAAGAAAUUGCAAUCUUACGAUUGGAAGACUUACCCUCAUAGAUGUCUUCUUAUCUUAGAUGACUUUGCUUCUCAUCCUUUGUUAAAGAACAGAGAACAAGACAUGUGUCGAAUUCUUAAGAAGCUCAGACACUUUAACAUCUCAGUC